CGGGACCAUGAGGACGGCGGGACGCGCGGCGUUGCUGGCCGCGCUGCUGCUCCUGGCACAACUGCGCCCGGGGAGCAGCCAGUGGAGUCGGGAGGACGAGGCGGCGGCCGCCGGGUUCCGAGAUCCGAGUCUGCGCUGGAGCCCCGGGACAAGGAACCACGGCGGCGGGGCCCACGCGCUCCUCUUGCUGCUGGCGGAGCGCUUCCCGCGCCGCCGGGCGGAGCAGGGCCGAUGGGGAUCCAGGACGGCAGGUGAGCGGCCGCGACGGGACGACCCUCCCCUGUCCAUUGACCUCACCUUCCACCUACUACGGACCCUGCUGGAACUCGCGCGGACGCAGAGCCAGAGGGAGCGCGCCGAGCAGAACCGCAUCAUAUUCGACUCGGUGGGCAAGUGAUCGGCGGGUCUGGGGCCCCGAGAAUCUCGACCCCCAAUGCUCCACCUCAGGGUUGAGACGUGAGCGACAGGAACUGACCAAGUCCUGCACGGCUAGAGCGGCCUAGGGAUACCCUGAGCACUCUCCGCUUUACCGGUUUUUAAUAAAAGUGCUAAAGAGCCGUUUGCCUCUGUUGUGGGGGCGCGGGGAGCAGAAGGGUGUGAGCCCGUGGGAAAGUGGGGUCUCCCAGGCCGGUGAGAGGGAACCAGAUGCUGUGGGAGGGCUCCGUGAGAACCUCUUUCUGCGAGGGUCCUGGGGUCCCCAUCGUCUCCAAGUCUCCAGGAAGUCAAGCCCCAGUGUCGCCGCACCACCCCCCACCCUCUUCUCUUGGCUCUGGGCUCUCGAAUCCGUGCCUAAUAUCAAGGAGGUGCCCCAAAAGGGUUCGUUCCGCUUCACACCCCCCCCCCAACCCGUCCUAGCCCCAAGAG